AAAUGAAAAAAAAAGUCGGUGACAGAACGUCACACAGGAAAUUGUUUAAAAAUUGUUGAAAUGUAAAAAAAAAAUACAGUAAUACAGAAAAAUGUCCGAAUCAAAAGCCAGUUUGUUGGCGAGGAACCAAAUCGCGCAACUGAGUCAAGGAUCAAGGACCAGCAUCAAAUCGUCGUACGAGCCCAGCAGUUGUCGGAUCUGUUUGUCUACCAUCAUAGACCCUGCGGCUUUGACCUGCGGGCACAGGUUCUGCGAGCGCUGCUUGUGCCAGUACUGGGACGAGAGAGACAAAACGGACUUCAUAGUUUGCCCGUUGUGCCGAGCUAACACUUUUAAAGUUGAUUUCGCUAAGAAAGCAGACAACACAUCAACUGAAGAUUUCAGGAGAACGUUCAAUCCCAGAGACAAACUGGAAAUCUCGCAACCUCAAGCUGAAGUUCACAGUAUAACAGGGCUGUGGACACGAUUUAGCAUACUGAUGCCAAUCAUAUAUUGCCUUAUAAAGCUUUUGAAGGGACCUAUUAUCGGAUUCUAUAACUUUGUCCGAUUCAAAAUUAAUUUAAAUGUUUAAUUGUGAAAUCAUAAUAAAUUUGUAUUCAUGCA